AUAAAUUUUGUUUUUACACCCCUCCAUUGGACAAUAAGCUAUUUGCACUAUCACAAAUUUUGCAUUACUUCAUUUGAGCCUGCAGCAACAAAUAAUGACACACAAAUUGACAAAAGAUCAAAUUGCAGAAUUCUUGGGAGCAUUCUCCCUCAUUGACAAGGACUCUGACGGAUUCAUAACUGUGGAUGAAUUGAUAAUAAUUAUCAAAUCACUAGAGGGAAAUAUAACAAAAGAAGAAAUUCAAGAAAUGAUUAGUAAAGGCAAUAUUGAUGGAAAUGGCAGGGUGGAUUUUGAACAAUUCUUGCAUAUUAUAGAAAUUAAAAUGAAGGAUUAUUUGACUGAGGAGCUAAAAGACUCAUUCAAAGUAUUUGAUAGCAAUAAUGAUGGAUACAUAUCAGCUACUGAGCUGAGACAUGUGAUGGUAAAAUUGGGAGAGAGGCUAACAGAUGAAGAGGUUGAACAAAUGAUUAGAGAAGCAGAUUUAGAUGGAGAUGGUCGUGUUAGUUAUGAAGAAUUUGUAAAGUUUAUGAUGAUGAAUUAAUCUCUCCUUUGAAUUUUUUCAAGUCUAAGGGCAAACUUGGUUUACCAUUGACAUUUUUUUUGUAUACUUUUAUUUUUGACACAUAUUUUUGUA